AUGGCAGACAAAGAAGACGGGCGCAAUUCAUCCAAAGAUUUGGGGAGGACUACAGCCACUGAUAUUACUUCCGCCGGUGACAGCAAUGCCGAUCAUGAACUUCAUUUUGCGAGACGUGGUGAAGCUCUUGCAGAAGGCUCAUCGAGCCAGGAAACCAUCAAUGGCUAUGAUCCGGAGCUUAUGAAUGGUAGGACAUUGCUCACGGCAGCAGAAGAGAAGAAGCUACUACGCAAGAUUGACUGGCGGUUAAUGACGCUUUGUUCACUCAUCUUCAUGUUCAAAAAUCUGGACAGUAACAAUGCAUCCAAUGCUCGCAUCAUGAACAAGGGAACAGAUCAGAAUAUCAUGACACAGCUGGGAAUUACAUCUAACGAGUACAAUCUCGUGACUGUUCUUUACUAUGUCCCAUACAUCUUGUUAGAAGCACCUUCAAAUUUACUACUCAAGAGGUUCUCUCCAUCGAAGUGGCAGUCAAGAAUUAUGAUCAGCUGGGGUAUCGCUCUCAUGUGCAAUGCUGCCGUGAAGAACAAGGGGGGUUUAUAUACAACACGGUUCUUGCUAGGAGUGGCCGAGGCUGGACAGUUCCCUGGUGUCAUUCUCCAGAUGACUUACUGGUAUCGCCCGGACGAGAUGUCCUUACGACUGCUCUACUUCUAUAUUUGCGGAAAUGUCUCGGGUAUCUUCGGUGGUCUUCUUGCCUAUGCGUUUGACACUGUAUCUGGCGCAGGGGGACUUUCCGGGUGGCAAUGGUUGUUUCUCUCAGAAGGUAUUGCGACCGUUCUUUUCGGAGUUGUGAUUUGGUUCCUACUCCCAGACUUUCCCGAGACAGCGAAAUGGUUGACCGAGAGGGAGAAGAAGUUCAUCCAGGCUCGACUGCCAUCUAAUGCUCCUCGUGCAAACGAGCAAAACUUCCAGCUACGUGAAGUUAUCGAGUCACUAAAAGAUCGGAGGCUGUGGCUGUUUACAGCUAUUUGGGCUACCUUUACUGUUGGAACCAACGGCGUGACUUUCUACCAAUCAACAGUCAUUGCCAACCUCGGUUUCACGACAAUUGCUCAAGCCCAACUCCUCAAUAUUCCCAUUACGGUCUGCGGUCUUUUGUUCAUUGCGGUUACAGGAAUUACAGCAGACCGCAGCCGGAUACCCCGACCAUUGUACCCACUCACCUUCCUUCUCAUCAUUUUAAUAUGUUACGGCGUAUUUGUUGCCUAUCCAAGUAAUGCUGCAGUAUAUGCAGUAACGCUGAUCGGAAAUGCAUUGACUGCAGGAUGGUAUCCUGUCAUGUGGCCGUGGCGCGUACAAACCACCUCCCGGGCUACGGGAUCCGCCUUCUCUAUCGGAUUUGUCAACAGCUACGGUCAAAUUGGUGGCGCUAUUGGCCCGCAGCUGUUUCAAAGCAUGUACGCACCACACUACACAGUGCCCUUCUCUGUCGCCAUGGGCCUGGUCGGUACUUGCGCGAUCUUGACAGUGGUGACGUGGUGGGUGACUUGGGACACGGAGCGCGACACGAGGCGGUUGAAGCUAGCUAAAAUUGCGGCGGAAAGAAGGGGCGAGACGAUUUUGGAAGAUGUUGUGGACAAUGAUUUGAAGACUCAUUGA